AUUCCACAAUCCACACUCUAGAUUCCCUUUAAAGUACGCAUUUCUUCGCAAUUUUCUCCAAGAUAUCAUCCAAACAAACCAUAAAUACAUCCAUACGCUAAAUCACCACUCUCCAUCAUUUCUCUUUAUGUCCAAAUUUUGAUCAUCAGCUAUCAAGAUAUCAAGAAACAAACGAAUCGAUUGGAAAACAAAGUGAUUCACAUGGGAAGCUUAAAUCCAUCUCCUGAAAUAACCUUGGAUUUCCGACCAACUUUUAUCCCGAAAACAAUCGGCCAGUUUCUUGGAGAAGUGUCUAGAAUUAGUAACGUAACAGAGAAGCUUUUGCAAGUUGAUGAUUUUGUUAAACGAUUAGAAACAGAAACACGGAAAAUCGAAGCUUUCAAAGAUCUCCCUCUAUGCAUGCUCCUCAUGAACGAUGCAAUCUAUGCGUUGAAGGAGGAAUCAAUGAUGUUAAAGAAAACACCAAAUUCUGAACCAGUACUCGAGGAAUUUAUAUCACUGAAGAACAAUUGUGAUGAUGAUUCAAAACUCGAAAUUAUCGAAAAACAAUAUGAGAAUAGCGAUAAGAAGAAUUGGUUGAGCUCGACACAGCUUUGGAACACUAAUGAGAACUCCGAGGAAGAAGAUGUCGGAAUCAAGAAUCCGAUGAUUCCUUGCUCUACACAAAACCUUCAAUCAAACAUUCGGAAUGGCUGCACACCGCCUCCACCACCACCAUCGCCGCCCCCACCACCACAGCAGCAGGUGGCUAGGAAACAGAGAAGAUGCUGGUCAGCGGAGUUGCAUAGACGAUUUAUUGCUGCGUUACAAGAACUUGGUGGUUCACAAGCAGCGACUCCUAAGCAGAUUCGAGAGCUUAUGCAAGUAGAUGGCCUCACCAAUGAUGAAGUAAAGAGCCAUUUGCAGAAAUACAGGCUUCAUACACGAAGGCUCCCAUCUUCGUAUACAAAUCAACAUGUAGGAUUCUCUAAAUGUAGCAAUUCUCAAUUGGAUUCUCCUAAUGGGCCCCUUAUGAAUGGUGGCGACAACAUAGUCGAUGAUGAAGUAGAAGAUGAGAAAUCUCAGAAUUAUUGUUGGAAUUAGCAGUUGUUCCAUGGUGGUACCUAUACAGAAACAAUCUAAUAGUUAUGGUCACAGUCACAGUCACAGUCAUAGUCACAGUCACAGUUAAUAUAUAGUUUCAAUUCCAAUGUUGAUUUAGCUCUUUGUGAGCCCUAACCUCUUAUGUGAGCCACCUAAGUUGUUGUGUAUCUGAUUUAUCUUAUAUGAUGCCUGGGUGGUGGUCCGAUCUAAUUUAUAUAGAAAUAGCAAGUUUUGUAGAAUUAGUUUGAAUUUUUAUCAACAUUAAACUUUUCUUGAUUUUAAUAUUAUUACCAUGUUCUUAAAA